AUGACUUGCAAUUCAGAGUGGAAAGAAAUACAGCAAGCAUUAUAUGAUGGUCAAACAGCUCAAGAACGUCCAGACUUAACUACACGAGUAUUUCGAGCAAAAUUGCAAGACUUGAAAUAUCAAUUAUUCAAGAGGAAAAUUUUUGGACAUGUAGCUGCACAUGUUGAUGUAGUUGAAUUUCAAAAAAGAGGGUUACCACAUGUUCACAUGCUGAUAAUUUUCAAGUCUGGGCAUAAGUUGAAUACGACAAGUGAAAUAGAUAAGUUUGAAAAUGCAAAUGCCAUUAUCCACGACCAUAUUUUGAAAGCACACAACAAGGUAAAGAUGGAUAUCCAAUUUACAGAAGAAGAAAAAAUGGAUCAAUUAUACAACUGCCAUAUUAAUGUCGAGGUAUGCUCUGGUAUCACAGUUGUUAAGUAUUUGUACAAAUAUAUCUAUAUGGGACAUGAUAGGGUGGCCGUUCAUAUAACCCAAGAUGAUGAGCCGCGUCAAGUUGAUGAAAUCAAACAAUUUCAAGAUGCACGAUGGGUAUCUGCACAAGAAGCAAUGUGGAGAAUUUGUGAAUUUGGUCUGAAUGAUAUUUCUCCAGCAGUUAUCAACUUACAGCUUCACCUUCCUAACAAACAGUUUGUAUCCUAUCACGCAUCCCAAAAUUUGCAGAAGCUUUUAUUGUGGGAUCAUGUUUCAAAAACAAUGCUAACUGAAUAUUUUACUAUGUGUGCUACAAGUGAAAAGGCAAGGCAAUUUCUCUACAGAGAAUUUCCAGAGCAUUACGUAUGGAAUAAGAGAGACAAAAUUUGGACAGAAAGGCAUAAAAUUGGCGUUAUUGGACGUAUAAGUGUAGUUAGUCCGAUUGAAGAAGAAAGGUACUAUGAAAAAUUAUUGUUGAAUCAUGUUAGGGGACCAACCUCUUUCCGACAUUUAUUGACAUUUAAUGGUAUAGAAUGCUCAACAUUCAAAGAAGCUGCACAAAAAAGGGGUUUAUUAGAAGCUGAUCAAAGCAUUUUCAAUUGCAUGAAUGAGGCAAUAACAUUUCAAAUGCCAAAUGAACUACGCAGGUUGUUUGCAAUAAUCUUGGUACAUUGUGCACCGACAGAUGUAAGAGUUUUAUGGGAUACUUACUUUGAUGCAAUGUCUGAAGAUUUUAAAAGGGAUGCCAAUACUUCAAUCCGACAACGUGUUUCUAAGACAUUGCUGAGCUUAAGAGUUUUGUUAGAGAGCAUGGGAAAAGAUAUAAAUUCAUAUGAUCUUCCCACAAUUCCUUCUUAUGAUGCUAAUAUAGAAAAUAAUUGUUCCAGAGAGAUACAAGAUGAGAUGUCGAUACAAAUUCCUGAGGAAGAUCAAGAUGCAGAGUUAAAGUUGAAUGAUGACCAACGGAAAGCAUUUUCUAUGAUUUUGAGUUCCAUACAGAAAGCAGAAGGUGGGAUUUUUUUCAUAGAUGGACCCGGUGGAACUGGAAAGACUUUCUUAUAUCGUGCACUAUUAGCUCAUCUUAGAUUAAGAAAACACAUAGCUCUUGCAACUGCUACAUCUGGAGUUGCUGCAGGGAUCAUGCCAGGAGGAAGAACAGCACAUUCACGCUUUAAAAUUCCUAUAAAUUCUGAUGAAGCAAGUGAAUGUUCAAUUUCAAAACAAAGUGCAGCUGCCGAGUUAUUGCGGAGAGCACAACUGAUUAUAUGGGAUGAAGCACCGAUGGCAAAAAAAUGGGCAAUUGAAAAUGUAGAUAAGUUGUUAAAAGAUGUCAUGGGGAAUGAUAAAGAUUUUGGUGGAAAAGUCAUCGUUUUUGGAGGAGAUUUCAGACAAGUAUUGCCAGUUGUUCCUAAAGCUACAGUCUACCAGACUAUAUUAGCAAGUUUGGUUAAUUCUUAUUUAUGGGGCAGAAUUAAAAAGAUCACUUUGUCCAUAAAUAUGAGAUCCAAGAAUGAUCCACAAUUCAGCAAAUUCUUACUAAGUGUUGGAAAUGGUGAAGAACCGAUGGAUGAUGAAGGUAAUAUCAAAAUUCCAGAUGAUAUGGUAAUUGAGUAUGACAAUGAAGAAAAUUCUUUGAAAAGACAUAUCGCAGCCAUUUUUCCGAGUUUAGCAAGGAAUGCAUAUUCGGCGGAGUACAUGACGAAUCGAGCAAUAUUAACGCCAAAAAAUGAGCAUGUGGAUAAGCUGAAUGAUAAGUUGAUAUCCAUGUUUCCUGGAGAAGAACAAAUUUUCAACAGUUUUGAUGAAGCUAUUGACCAGACAAACAUAAACUAUGACGUCGAUUUUUUGAACUCUUUGACUCCAACUGGAUUACCUCCACAUAAGUUGAGACUUUAA